UGUUCAGUGUUCUCUUUCAAUUUGUGUUUCGAUUUCUUAGCUUUUCAUCACGCGUAUAUACCCAACUUUUGAGGACUGGUAGAUCAUGUCGAACACUAUUGCCUUGUAUCCCCUUUCCAACUUCACCUUCAGCACCAAGGAAGCUCAACCAGAAGAAGAUCCAUCAGUCUCGGCGCGCCUACAACGCUUACAGAACAAUUAUGAAGAUUUUGGAAUGAGGAGGACGGUUGAAGGGAUUCUGGUAGUACAUGAUCACGGUCAUCCGCAUAUAUUGAUGUUGCAAAUCGCCAAUGCCUUUUUCAAACUCCCUGGAGACUAUCUCAAACCUGGCGAAGAUGAAAUUGACGGUCUAAAGCGCCGCCUGGAUGACCGGCUCGCUCCCCCGCCUGAAAGUCGUCAAUUUUCGCAACCUGUCCAUGGCGUCGAUAAUGAUUGGGAAAUCGGAGACUGUCUCGCCCAGUGGUGGCGACCCAACUUCGAGACGUUUAUGUAUCCAUUUGUGCCUGCACAUAUAACGAAACCGAAGGAGUGCAAGAAACUGUUUUUGGUGCAAAUGCCUGAAAAGAAGGUACUUGCCGUACCGAAGAACAUGAAGCUUCUGGCGAUUCCGCUUUUCGAGCUGUACGACAACGCUGCCCGUUAUGGACCGCAGCUGAGUGCGAUUCCACAUCUACUGUCAAGAUACAAUUUCAUCUACCAGUAAACGAUGGAACCCUAUUUAUUAUUCUGAUCUCUCGUUCCCCCGUUAACCUUGUCGCUCUGUCUCCAUUUGCAUCCACGUUGUUAAAUAUGGUACAUACCAUGGGUCAAGUACUUAUUUGUAGUAAGUACAGUACAUACAAAUCUCCAAGAUCGAACAGCGGCCCGUUCCGCAUGAAAGUUGAAAAUUGUGAC